UCACCUUUUCUUAUUAAAUAUUAUGAUAUUAGGAUAUUUCGAACGUAACAUUGAUACAACAUGCUACUAUUUAAAAUAUAACUGAAAUGUUCCUUAAUAUGUGAAAGCAGAACUGUCAAGACAAACUGUUCUAUUUAUAUUUAAUUGGUUCGUACUUCUGAGACAAGUUCAAAACAAACAUUUUGGGUCCCUUAAGAAAAUAUAAAAACUAUUAAAAUGGGUGCUGACCACAGUAGACGUGUACUUACCAUUGAUAAUGAGGAAGAUAUAAAUGUUAUUAAAGUGUCAAAGUCAGUUGUACAACGAUUGACUCAAAAAACAAGUGAUACUGAAUCAGGAAAAGAAGUAAGAUCAUCUACUUUAACAGAAUCAGUUGUUAAAAAAGAUGUACUUCCAUUACCAUCUCAAACUGGAGAUAUUCCAGUGCCUUCUGGAUAUCCUGUAUAUUAUUAUCCACAAUUAACAUUAACUGCCCUUGAAAUACAGCAACAGAAAGAGCAAGAACUUCUUACUCAAGAUCAAUAUUGGCAGAAACGUUUAGAAAAUUUAGAGAAAAAUCAUUUAAAAAUUAAUCGAAUAAUAGACGAGGAAUAUAAAAAAGCUGUGGAUGAAUUAUAUGUAAACAGUGAUAAAAAGCAAGUGAAUAUCCAUGACACUGUACAACCAUGUCUCGAGACCACAGAUAAAGUACUCAAAUGUUAUCAGGAUCAUCCAAAGGAAAUUCUGAAGUGUUCUAAUUUAGUUGAAGAGUUUUCUAAUUGUGUGGAUCAACGGCGUGCAAGACUGAUUGCAGCACGUUGUUAAUAUUUUGUAAUACUGCACAUAGUAAUUCUUUCACUUCAUAGUAACUCAAGCUCCUGUGAAAUUUAAUGUUGUUUAAUACAAAAAUUUUUAGUCAUUAAUAAUAAAUUAAAUAAUAUA